ACUGGUGGAAGUUGAAGUGAAGCGAAUGUGUUUUGUGUUUGUUGAUAAAAUAUGUAGUUAACAUGGACUAAAUUUAAAAAAGAAUGAAUCAUAUUUACUUAGGAUUAUCAGUAGUUUUAUUUUGUGUGUUUCUGGCAUAUUUUAUUUUGUCAAAGCUACUUUUAUUGACAUUGUUUUGUGUUAUUUUGGUGGGAUUACAUUUCAAGGAUGACUUCAAUCUUUUCCGUUAUGUAGCAACUCAUGUGGCCUCAUUCUAUUCGUGGAUUUGUGAAACCUACACAAAUAUUUUAAAUAUGUAUCACCAAAGUAACAAUACAAAUUUUCCGGUUAGAAAGUGUUUGGACAAUAAUGGAACAGUCAGGUCCAGUAAACUUGACAAUCUUCAUAGAUUUAAAGGAAAUGUUGCUCAUAACCUCAACUCAUCUCACCUCUGUGAAACUCAGUCUCCAGUGUUUAAUAAUCCUGCUUGGAAUUCUAGACCCAGCACUCCACCAAAACCCAACUUUUUUCUUAAUAGAUUACAGUCAGCAAGACAUGAAACGCCAACAUUAAAAAUAAGCAAUAUAUAUAUUAGUGAGGAUAAAGGGUAUAAUAUCAGCUCUGUAAAACCUAUAUCUCCAAUGAAUGCUUCAAAUAAGCACACAAUUCCACGAGACUGUGAAUCUCCUUUAAAUACAGUAGUCAACAACUCUUAUGUGGACACCUCUUCAGGACUCAACAGUCCAAUCUUGGAUGCAAAGUUAUAUGCCAAUGUCAACAGCCCCGGCUUCUGUAGCAGAGUUGCUGAGCGUUUAUCAGAAUCUAUGACUCAUCAGCCAAAGUAUGAUACAGUUGGAGCCUUCCCUGUUGUUAACUUUAAAAACCAAUCGUCCAAGAUAAAAAUUAAAACUCCUGUUCGAGUACGUUUAGCUCCACCAUCUAGUGACAUACUUUUUUCUCCUACUAGUUCAAACUCAGUGACUAGGUCACCUACAAUUGGUCCUGAUGAGUCAAUGAAAUCUGUACUUCAAGUUCUCAAAGAUAUAUCUCGUAAAAGAAUACAUUCUCAUGUCGACGAGGACAGUGAAGAUAAUUCAAAACGUUUACGUGUAAGCGAGUCUCAGUUUGACAGUGAGAGUGUCAUGCAUACUUCAUUGCUUCAACAGACAAUACAGGGUAAACGUGCCAGAGAAGAAUCAUCACCUACUGAAGAUGAUGUAAAGAAAAAGAGAAAACCAUUGCAAAAUAAUGAAAUUUUAUCGUCAUUGAGUUCCAGUAUUUUAAUUAAACCUCCACAUCUGAAAACAAAAAAACGUAAAGCACAAGCUAUAGAUGACUCAGUGAGUUCUAUACCUGUUCUUGGAAAGCUGUUAAAAGUUCAGACAGAGGUUACACCUCCAUCUUCCACAGUAAGGCCGGCUUCUUAUGGUCCUAGUACAAGUAUCAACACCUCACCAAAUACAAGCCAGGUAAUUGUAAAUGAGUGUAAACCAAAGAGUGAGACUACAGCAAGCAGUGUGGUGAAGGAACAUGAGGAGAAAGAGGAGGAGAUCGUGGCAGAUGCGGCAGAUCCUGAUGACGGGGUAGAGUCUCGUCUGCUAGGACGCAUGUCUGGUCAAGUGUACCAUUCUACAGUGCAAUCACCUACAGUCAAGAGCAAUGUCUUCAUGUCCACCAAUGACCUGAGCCUCUCUCCGCCAAAAGAGAACCGUUUAGCAGCAAUGAUUGCAGUAUUAGGUGGACCAAGUGAAAAUAUCCAGCUUGACUCUGCACCGAUUGAAGAUAGUAAACAACCAGAAAGGAAAAUAAAAGGGAAAGCUCUUUUUACCUCACCUGAAACUCCAGAAAUUUCAAAGCAGAACAAGAAAGUAACAUUCUCAGACUCCUUAACAACAACUAAGAUUUAUGAUCUUGACCAAACUCAGACUGAACAUUCUUCAAAUCGUACUUCAGUUGUAACCCAUACAUCUCCUUUAUCUUCUUUGACAGUUGGUGUUACUAGCAGUCCUACACCAACAGAUACUUCCGGAAUAGCUUCUUCUGCAUUAUCAGAAGCCAAGGAACCCGUAAUACAGCCAAAAAGCACAAUAGAUUUAUUUACUUCUAGUACUUCACCCAAAACCUCCACAAUGACUAGCAAACCUAUAUUAUCUUCGCAUACUACCAACUUAACAUCACCUCUGAAUACAUCAUUUAAGACUGUAGAAUCUCAGAGUGUCAAAGAUACUAAGGUCCAAAAUAUUAGUGUUAACAAUUUAAAACCAGUUUUUAGUUUUGGAUCAACUAAUGCAUCAGUUGAAAACAAUAAACCUGACAAAUCAACACCAUCUUCUAUUAGUGAUUUAGGUGCAAAAACACCCUUUUCCUUCGGUAGCAGUUUAAAUGGAACUCAAGUAUCUUCUCCAAAUUCAGUGUUUACUCCAUUAGUUGCAAACACAUCUCAGAAUUUGAGCACAAAGUCAGAAACAUCAGUUGCUGCAAAUAAAGAAGGACAAAAUAAACUUGCAUUCAGUUUUGGAAAUACAAACAGUGUAAGUUCUCCAUUUGGAAAAAAUGAAGGUGAAGGAAAUCAAGUUUUAAAUGGUUUGACAAGUACCAACACAAGUACAAGUAAUGCUUCUCCAUUUUCUCAAAAUAACACAAAUAAACAAAUAUUUCCAUCAGUAAGCACAAAUUCUAACAACAAAUCAGAAGUUCCAACAUUCAGUUUUGGUUCAUCUUCUCCUUUUUCUACAAAUCUAACAAGUCAUACUCCUACAACAAAAACAGAACCACAAAAUGUACAUCCGGCGGUAUCAAAUACUGUUACCUCUUCAAUACAACCUUCACUAAGCCUAUCUGCUCAGCCUAAUAUCCCAUUCAGCACUGCUUUGAGUAAUUUAUCACAAUCGUCAAAACAGAGUCCAUUUGGUUCAAAUUCUCAACCAUCAUCACAAAAUAAUUUAUCAAUCUUUGGCAGUGGUACUUCACAGAAUGGUGGUGAAUUUAAAAUUACAUCAUCAGUCGCAUCAACCCAAGUACAAGCCCAGAGUUCCCUUUUUGGAAAUGCCAUAACACAGGCUGCUGGAUUUGGAGUUACUGUAACAUCAACAAGUAGUGGGGGUAUAAUAUUACCAACAACAAUACAGCAAAAUGUAACUAACCAAAACAGUAGUUUGUUUGGAAAUUUGACCUCAAAUACAACCCCUAAGCCUAGCGCCUUUAAUGCUGGAGCCACCAUCACAUCACAACAACCCAGUCAAAUAUUUGGUUUACCUGUAGCAACAGCAUCUUCUCAAGCAAGUAGUAGCCCAUUUGGUGUUUCUGUAAACAGUUCUGGUCCUCAACCUAAGAUAUUUGGAAAUCCAUCAACAACACAAACAACUGUGUUUGGAACUGCUACAACUAACACAGUAUCUGUAAACAAAACUUCUUUCCUCAACACUCCAUCAACUGCAGGACAAUCUUCUGUAUUCAGCAUUUCUGAUGGAAAUCAGUUGUCUAAACCAGUGUUUGCAAGCUCUUCCACUGCAUCUCCAUCAUUUGGUGGGUUAAACAAUUCAAACCCUACUUUUGGAAAUACAAACAAUGCUAAUACUCCAACAUUUGGAAACCAAAACAAUAUGAAUACACCAGCUUUUGGGAACCAAAACAAUAUGAAUACACCAGCUUUUGGGAACCAAAACAAUACUACUACUCCAACUUUUGGAAACCAAAAUAAUACUGCUACUCCAGCUUUUGGGAACCAAAAUAAUACUGCUACCCCAGCUUUUGGAAACCAAAAUAAUACUGCUACUCCAGCUUUUGGGAACCAAAAUAAUACUGCUACUCCAGCUUUUGGGAACCAAAACAAUACAACUACUGCAGCAUUUGGGAACCAAAAUAAUACUGUUACUCCAGCUUUUGGGAACCAAAACAAUACUACAGUUUCUGGUUUUGGAAGUCAAACCAAUACUUUGAACACUUCUCAGAGUGGUUUCGGAACAGGUGGAACUUUAUCAACACCAGGAGCUUUCAGCUUGGGUAAUACUAGUUCUUCAAAUACCACUGAAGUGAAGGCAUCAACGUUUAGUCAGUCUCCCUUUGUCUUUGGGAGUUCAGCAGUGGCAAAGGAGCCGACUAAGCCAUUUGCUGCAGCAGCACCAUUUUCAUUCAGUUCAAACACUCAGCCAAACGCAACAAUGGCAAGUUCGACUCAGUCUGCACAGCCAACAUUUGGAGCUCUUGGUACUGGGUUUGGGUCAAGCCAACAAACCCCAGCAUUUGGUUCCAGUAUGGCACAGGCUCCAACUCCAACUUUUGCAUUCUCACAAGCACCUGCUGCACCUGCACCAGCAUUUCAGUUUAGUGCUACUGCACCUCAACCAGCUGGUGGAAUGUUCAGCAUUGGCUCUGGAAGUUCUUCUUCUCGCAGUAAAACAACAGCUUUAAGAAGGCGCCAAAAACAGACGUAAUCACAAAUAGGUUGAAUUUUUGUAAAAUAGUAUCUUCAUUAUGUAAUCAGCUUCUUAAUUAUUAGAUGUGAAGUCUACAUUCGUCAGGUUCCUUACUUCUGUCUUCUUUUUAUGAUUUUCAAGAAUUAACAGCAUUUUUCCGGAAAAUUGCAGAAAUAUCUGUACAUAUCAGUUGACAUUAAAAACAAUACUUUUAAACAACAAGAACUUUUAAAAUUUGAUCUGAAGAGGUAUUUAUGCUUUUGUAAAAUAUUAUUUAUCUUAUGCUUGACGAGUGUUGUAGACAUUUUAGGUUAUGUUUAUGUAGCGAAAUAAUGAGUAUUUUUGCUCAACGAUUCCGAGCACAUUGUAUUCAUAUAGUUAUAUACACUAAUGUUUAUUUUCAGAAAACCAAUUGAAAAGUUUUUGAAAGUACUAUUCAAAUUAAAAUACAUUUUAUAAAUGUGGAUUAAUGGGAAUAUUUCCCCUGUUACCAAACCUGUUUUGUAUUUUAUAAAAAUUAAAAUAAGAAAUUGUAUAGAAGGUGAAAUUAAGAUUCUUAAAUUGAGUGUGAAUACAACUAAACUACCUCGUGUAUGAGUAUUGUAUUUUCUAUGUAUUUCAGCAAAAGUCUAUGUAGUUUUUACGUAUACUUCAAUACACCAUUUUUGUUGUACCUUCUCUAGUUGUUCAAUAAUUUUUUUUUCUUACAUAAGAUUUUUUUCACAAUAUUUAAUUUAUAUUCAAUCUUUUUCAUUCUGGUCAGUUUGUUUACAUGAAAAUGUUAAUAUGAAACAACAGUAUUUAAUAAACAUUGUUUGGAAAUUUA